AUGUCUACAUACGACGAUAUUGAAAUAGAAGAUAUGACUUUCCUUCCGGAGACUCAAAUGUUCACUUACCCAUGUCCCUGCGGUGACAGGUUUGAAAUCUUACUGGAGGAUAUGUUCGAUGGAGAAAACAUAGCAGUGUGUCCAAGCUGUUCUUUAAUGAUAGAGGUCAUCUUCGAACCUGAAGACCUGGCUGAAUUCUACGAGAAAGCAGGUCUACCAGCUCCUACGCCGAUCGCCGCAUAA